AUGACCUCGGCGAACGACUACGAGCAGCUGGAGCUGCAGCAGCAGUACAGCCGCGUCAACGUCCGCUGGGACGCCUCCGAUGAUGAGCUGGACAACGACAACAGCUCGGCCCGUCUCUUCGAGCGCUCCCGCAUCAAAGCCCUGGCAGAUGAGCGGGAGGCCGUGCAGAAGAAAACCUUCACCAAGUGGGUGAAUUCACACUUGGCUCGCGUCACCUGCCGCAUCUCGGACCUCUACAUGGACCUCCGGGACGGACGGGUGCUCAUCAAGCUGCUGGAGGUGCUGUCGGGAGAGCUUCUGCCCAAGCCCACCAAGGGUCGGAUGCGGAUCCACUGCCUGGAGAACGUGGACAAGGCGCUGCAGUUCCUGAAGGAGCAGCGGGUGCACCUGGAGAACAUGGGCUCCCACGACAUCGUGGACGGCAACCACCGCCUCGUCCUCGGCCUCAUCUGGACCAUCAUCCUCCGCUUCCAGAUCCAGGACAUCAUCGUGCAGACGCAGGAGGGCCGGGAGACGCGCUCCGCCAGGGAUGCACUGCUGCUCUGGUGCCAGAUGAAGACAGCGGGGUAUCCCCACGUGAACGUCACCAACUUCACCUCGAGCUGGAAGGACGGGCUGGCUUUCAACGCCCUCAUCCACAGGCACAGGCCUGAGCUGGUUGACUUCCAAAACCUGACCAAAUCCAACGCCCGGCACAACCUGGAGCAUGCGUUCAGCGUGGCGGAGCGGCACCUGGGCAUCACCCCGCUCCUCGACCCUGAAGAUGUGUUCACGGAGAACCCCGAUGAGAAGUCCAUCAUCACCUACGUGGUGGCCUUCUACCACUACUUCUCCAAGAUGAAGGUGCUGGAGGUGGAAGGCAGGCGUCUGGGCAAGGUCAUCGAGCACGCCAAGGAGACGGAGCGGAUGAUCGAGGGCUAUGGGGGGCUGGCCUCCGACCUGCUCACCUGGAUCGAGCAGACCAUCGCCUUCCUCAACAGCCGCAGCUUCGCCAACUCGCUGGCCGGGGUGCAGCACCAGCUGCAAGCCUUCAGCACCUACCGCACCGUGGAGAAACCCCCCAAGUUUCAGGAGAAGGGCAAUCUGGAGGUGCUGCUUUUCACCAUCCAGUCGCGGAUGCGAGCCAACAACCAGCGCGUCUACACCCCACACGAAGGACGCCUGGUCUCCGACAUCAACCGGGCUUGGGAGCAGCUGGAGAAAGCGGAGCAUGAGCGGGAGCUGGCGCUGCGCACCGAGCUCAUCCGGCAGGAGAAGCUGGAGCAGCUGGCGCGGCGCUUCGACCGCAAAGCGGCCAUGCGGGAGGCCUGGCUGAGCGAGAACCAGCGCCUGGUGGCCCAGGACAACUUUGGCCAGGACCUGCCGGCAGUGGAGGCGGCCAAGAAGAAGCAUGAGGCCAUCGAGACGGACACGGCCGCCUACAAGGAGCGGGUGCAGGCCAUCGAGGCGGUGGCGAAGGAGCUGGAGGUGGAGGGCUACCAUGACAUCCAGCGUAUCAAUGGGCGCAAGGACAACAUCCUGCGGCUCUGGGAGCAGCUCCUGGAGCUGCUGGCCGCCCGGCGCCAGCGCCUGGAGAUGAACCUCACCCUGCAGCACCUCUUCCAAGAGAUGCUCCACAGCAUCGACUGGAUGGACGAGGUCAAGGUGCAGCUGGCAUCGCCCGAAUCCGGGAAGCACCUUCUGGAGGCGGAGGAGCUGCUGCAAACCCACCGGCUGCUGGAGGGUGACAUGGCCCUGCAGGCAGAGAAGACACGGGCUGUCAGCGUCGCUGCUCUCCGCUUCGCCGACACCGAGGGCUACCGUCCCUGCGACCCCAAAGUCAUCCGGGACCGCGUGAGCCACCUGGAGCUGUGCCGGCGGGAGCUGCAGGUGCUGGCAGUCCGGAGGAGAGCCUUGCUGGAGCAGUCCCGGUCCCUCUGGACCUGCCUGUGGGAGCUGGACGAGGCAGAGGGCUGGAUCAAGGAGCAGGAGCAGCUCUACUCCUCCCUGGACUUUGGGAAGGACCUGCCGAGCGUGCUGCUGCUCCAGCGCCGGCAUGCCGCCUUCGAGGCCGAGCUUGGCUUCCCCCCGGAGCUGCGGGCUGGCCCCGAGGCACAGAGCUGGCUAGUGUCCCUGCGGGAGCUGCAUGCCGAGGUGGCCGCCCUGGCCGAGCAGCGGGGCCGCCAGCUGCAGGAUGCCCUUGACCUCUACACUGUUUUUGGGGAGAGCGACGCCUGCCACCUCUGGAUGGGGGCCAAGGAGACGUGGCUGGGGCAGCUGGAGGUCCCUCAGGCGUUGGAAGACCUGGACGUGGCACAGCACAGGCUGGACGGGCUGGAGCAGGAGAUGGCCACCGUGGCUUCCCAGAUUGCCGCCGUCAACCAGGCAGCCGAUGGGCUGCUUGCAAGCAGGCACCCCCGCAGUCCCCAGGUCCGGCAGUGCCAGGAGCAGCUCAAUGAGAGGUGGGACCGGUUCAGGGAGCUGGUGUCGGAGCGUCGCCAGGCGGUGGGCUUGGCACUGCGCCUCCUCAACUACCGUCUGGAGUCCGAGGAGACCCGGCAAUGGCUGCAGAGCAAAGCCCAGGCAGUCAAGGCCACCGCCGAGCUGGGCCGGGACCUGGCCGGCGUCCUGGCCACCCAACGCAAGCUCUAUGGCAUCGAGCGGGAGCUGGCGGUUGCCGAGGGCCGCCUGGCCACCCUGCGCUCCCAGGCUGAGCACCUGGCCAAGGAACGGCCCGAGGUGGCCGGGGAGGUGGCUGAGCGGCUGGGGGGGGGGGGGGGCGCCCCGGGUUUGGCCGCCUGGGAGGAGCUGCAGGAGGCCCUGGGGGAGCGGGCAGCCUCCCUGGGGGAAGCCGGACAGCUUCAGCGCUUCUUGCAGGACCUGGAUGACUUCCAGGCGUGGCUCUUCGGGGCUCAGAAAGCCGUGGCAGCUGCUGAUGAGGUGCCGGCUUCUUUGGCCGAGGCGGAGGAGCUGCUGCAGCGGCACGAGGCUGCCCGGCAGGACGCGGCCGGGCACACGGCCGCCUUCACCGCCUUGGUGGAGGCGGGAGAACAGGUGGUGGGGGAGCAGACAGACCCCCAGUAUGAGGCACUGCGGCAGCGCCUGCAUGGCGUGGAAGCCGGCUGGGCCACCCUGGGCAGGAUGGCAGAAGCCCGGCACCGCUUCCUAGCCCAGUGCCACGGCUUCCAGGAGUUCCUCCGUGAUGCCAAGCAGGCGGAGAUCCUCCUCACCAACCAGGAGUACACACUGGCCCACCUGGAGCUGCCCGCCACGCUGGAAGGCUCGGCCGCCGCCCUGCGCCGCUUCCAGGACUUCCGUGCUGGCGUGGAGAGCAGCGCCGAGAAGGUCCCUGAGACAGUGGCUGGCGGCACCAAGCUGGUGGCCGAGGGGAACAUCUUCGCCGAGAAGAUUGCCGAGAAGUGCCAGACCCUCCAGGAGCGGCACGGGGCUGUCAAGGCCAAAGUGGAGGAGGCGGCGGGUUUACUGCAGGACAACCACGAGCUGCAGACCUUCCUGCAGAGCUGCCGGGAGCUCAAUGCCUGGAUGGAGGAGAAGAUGCUGACGGCACAGGAUGCCUCCUACGGCGAAGCCCGUGGCCUCCAUGGCAAGUGGCAGAAGCACCAGGCGUUCAUGGCUGAGCUGGCACCCAACCAGGGCUGGCUGGAGAAGAUUGAGAUGGAAGGGAAGGAGCUGGCGAGCCGCAAGCCGCAGUACGGCGAGGUGGUGGCACGGCAGCUGGAUGAGCUGCGGGAGCGAUGGGACAGGCUGUGUGACGCCGCCAAGGAGAAAGGCCGGCAGCUGUUCGAGGCCAACCGCUCGACGCUGUACGCCCAGAGCUACGGGGAGCUGGAGCGCUGGCUGGGGCAGGCGGAGGAGGAGCUGCGUGCUGCCGAGCAGGCCAAGGACCUCACCGCCACCAACCUGCUGCUGAAGAAGCUGACGAGGCUGGAAGAGCAAGUAGGAGCGCGGAUGAAGGAGCUGGAGGAGCUAGGGUGGCAGGGGCCAUCCCCUGCUGGGGAUGUGCCAGACGCUGACGGGCAUGAGCAGAGGCUCCGGCGGCGAUUCCUUGACCUGCUGGAGCCGCUGGAGAGGAGGAAGAAGGAGCUGGAGACCGCCAAGGCCAUGUACCAGCUUGGGCGGGAUCUGGAGGAUGAGACGCUAUGGGUGCAGGAGCGGCUGCCCCUUGGCAGGGGGCGGCGCCUGCGGGAGGCCGGCGAGGCACAGCAAUACUACCUGGAUGCUGGCGAGGCUGAGACCUGGGUCAGCGAGCAGGAGCUCUUCAUGGGAGCUGAGGAGAAGCCGAAGGACGAGGAGAGCGGCUUGCUGAUGCUGAAGAGACACGUCCGGCAGCAGCGCUCCAUUGAGGACUACGGCCAAACCAUCAAGGAGCUGGCAGGGAGGGCUCAGCAGCUGCUCUCUGCUGGCCACCCUGAGGGGGAGCAGAUCAUCCGGCUGCAGGGCCAGGUGGACAAGCACUACGCGGGGCUGAAGGAGGCGGCCGAGGAGCGCCGCCGGCGCCUGGAGAACAUGUCCCACCUCUUCCAGCUGAAGCGGGAGGUGGAGGACCUGGAGCAGUGGAUCGCCGAGCGCGACGUGGUCGCCUCCUCCCAGGAGAUGGGGCAGGACCUGGACCACGUCACGCUCCUGCGGGAGAAGUUUCGAGAGUUUGCGCGGGAGACGGGCAACGUGGGGCAGGAACGCGUGGACCGGGUGAACCUGACCAUCGAGGACCUUAUUGAUGCGGGGCACACGGAGGCGGCCACCAUGGCUGAGUGGAAGGACGGACUGAACGAGAGCUGGGCCGACCUCCUGGAGCUGAUCGACACCCGCAUGCAGCUCCUCGCCGCUUCCUACGACCUGCACAAAUACUUCUACGAUGGUGCUGAGCUGCUGGCCCUCAUCGCCGCCCGGCGCCAGGAGCUGCCCCAGGACCUGGGCGAGGACGCCGGCACGGUGGAGGCUUUCCACCGCAUGCACAGCGCCUUUGAACGCGACCUCCAGCUGCUGGAGACGCAGGUGCAGCAGUUUCGGGAGACAGCAGCACGCCUGCAGACCGCCUACGCCGGGGAGAAGGCAGCCGGCAUCCAGGAACAGGAGCAGGAGGUGGCACGGGCCCUGCGGGCACUGCUGGAGGCGUGCAGCGGGCGCCGGGCCCGGCUGGUGGACACAGCCGACAAGCAUCGCUUCUUCGGCAUGGCGCGGGACCUGCUCUCCUGGAUGGAGAGCACCGUCCGGCAGAUCGAGACGCAGGAGAAACCCAGGGAUGUCUCCUCGGUGGAGCUGCUCAUGAAGUACCACCAGGGCAUCAGGGCCGAGGUGGACGCCCGGGGCAAGAGCUUCGCCACCUGCAUCGAGCUGGGCAAGAAGCUGCUGCAGCGCAAGCACCAGGACUCGCCCGAGAUCAAGGCGAAGCUGAUGGAGCUGGUGGAGAAGAGGAAGGCCAUGAUGGAGACGUGGGAGCAGCGCUGGGACCGGCUACGGCUGCUGCUGGAGGUGUGCCAGUUCUCCCGGGAUGCCUCGGUGGCCGAGUCGUGGCUCAUGGCGCAGGAGCCCUACCUGGCCAGCAGCGACUACGGGCAGACGGUGGACGCGGUGGAGAAGCUGCUCAAGCGGCACGAGGCUUUCGAGAAGUCCUCGGCCACCUGGGAGGAGCGCAUCGCUGCCCUGAGGAAGCUGACGACGGUGAGGAAGGCUCAGGAUGGGGCACAGCCGCUGGAGCUCCUGGGCGGGCGGACGCUACGGGGCAUCGUCACCCCAAGAGACAUCGUCACCCCAAGGGGCAUCAUCACCCCAAAAGACAUCAUCACUGUACGGGGCAUCGUCACCCUGCAAGACGUUGUCACCCCAUGGGGCAUCGUCACCCCACGAGGCAUCAUUACCCCACACAGCAUCAUCACCCUGUCGUGGAGCACGCGGUACUGCGUGCUGCGGGGCGGCCAGCUCGCCUUCUUCAAGGAUGCCAAGAGCCGGGCGCUGGGGCUGCCCUGCCAUGGCGAGGAGCCCCUGGGGCUGCGGGACGCCCUCUGCGAGGUGGCCGCUGGCUACAAGAAGAAGAAGCACGUCUUCAAACUCAGGCUCAGCAAUGGCAGCGAGUGGCUCUUCCAUGGCAAGGAUGAGGAGGAGCUGCAGGCCUGGCUGCAGGGGCUGAGCACAGCAAUAACCGAGUGCCGGAGCAGCCGGGGGAAGGCGCAGAGCCUGCCCCUGCCCCUGUUCCUGACGAGGCCGUGGCGAGGGGGCUCGGGUGUGUCGGGGGGCUCAGGGCAGCGUCGCCGGUACUCCUCGGAGGCUUGGUAA